CCAGGUGCUCCUAAUAAUGAAAGUACUGUGGAACAAAAGCAUUCUUAUGAACAGUGGGAGAGGUCCAACCGAAUGUGUCAUGGUGAUUAAGAAUUCCAUAUCUGUAGCCAUUCGCGGAGCCAUUCCUGACUCUGAAAAUGCGAAGACCUACCUAGAAUAUGUGGAAGAACAAUUUAAGGGCACUUCUAAAGCACAUGUCAGUACCCUAAUUCUCAAAAUGUUGACGAGUAAGUAUGAUGGAGUAAGUGGUAUUCGUGAGCACAUCAUGAAAAUGUCUGAUAUGUCUAACAAGCUCAAAAGUAUGGACAUGGAGAUUAGUGAAGGUUUCCUCGUUCAUUUCAUAAUGACUUCUCUACCUGCGUCUUAUGGUCCAUUCAAGAUCAAUUACAACACGCAGAAAGAGAAGUGGACAAUGAGCGAGUUGAUUGCUAUGUGUGUUCAAGAAGAAGAGCGCCUUAAAGCUGAAAGACCAGAUGUUGCUCAUCUCACCACCACAAACUCAAAGAAAAGGAAAGGCAACCGUCAAGGAGGAGGAAAAGGUAACAUUUCUAAGGUCCCAAAGAUAGGUGCAAGCGUGAACUCUGGUCCCUACUGUAAGUUUUGCCGUUUCAAAGGGCAUUACCAGAGGGGGUGUCUUAAGUUUAAGGCAUGGUUGACUAAGAAAGGGAUUCCAUUCAAUCCGGACAUUGGGAAGAAAGCAAAGAGUGAUUAAGGUGGGCAACGGAGAAGAAUUAGAAGUGGAGGCCAUUGGAACUAUCUCAUUAAUUUUAGAGAAUGGCUUCAUUCUUCAUCUUCGUGAUGCUCUUUAUGUACCUAAUAUUACUCGUAAUUUAGUGUCUGUAUCGAAACUAAGUGCUGAUGGUUUUACAUUUAAUUUUGUAUACAAUAAAGUGACAAUAAGCUU